AUAUUUUUUGGACGAAAAUUGAGAAGGUAUAGAUUGAACAAAUUAAAAACUAAAAAGAAAGGAAAAUUCCCUUUUCCUCUUUUGCUGCCGCUUCGUUUUCUAAUAUACUAUCUUGCUCCAUAACUUUCGUUGAAAAAGUUGAUCUCAUCAGUUAUCAGCUAGUAGCUGGUAAAACAAAACAGUGGUCAGACAGUCUUAAAAUCAUCAAAAACUUAUGUUUGGACAGUCACAGUUGGAGUAGGAGCCCAGUUUUCGCGUUUUUAGCUGUAACCCAUUUUGAAUCAUAAGCAAACCAACACACCGCCUUCUUUUCUCUUUUCUUCUUUGUCUUUCUUUAUUUUAUAUAUUAUUCAAUUCCAAAUUUCAAAGCUUGAAGCUUUGGCUUUUCUGUUGCUUGAAUACCCAGAAGAGAAACAGAAGCUGCAAAGCAUAAAGAAGCCUUGAUUUUCUAAUAGUCCAUUCUAUAUUGCUCUGCCCCAGAAAGGAGGCAGAUCUGCUUGCUUUCCUUUUAUUAGCCCACAGCAAAAACCAAAAAAACAGAAGUACUUGAUGGGGAGAGAAAAGUUGUUCUUUUGGUUUGCACUUUUCUUCCUUUUGUUGGGUGUCUCUGCUUCCACUUCAAUUUCAGAUGGUGUCUUCGACUCUUUCAUUUCCACAGGAAGGAACCUCCUUCAGACCAAGAAAGCUUGCCCAGUUAACUUUGAGUUUCUGAACUACACAAUUAUCACAAGCCAAUGCAAAGGACCCAAGUAUCCACCUGAAAGUUGUUGUUCUGCGUUCAAGGAAUUUGCUUGUCCUUAUGUGGAACAGAUCAAUGACUUGACAACCGAUUGUGCUUCAACUAUGUUCAGCUACAUUAAUCUUUAUGGGAAAUAUCCUCCGGGUCUUUUUGCUAGUGAGUGCCAUGAAGGGAAAGAAGGGCUUGCAUGCCCUGCAUUACCUCCAUCAACAUCAGAGAAUGCUAGUGGUAGUCAGCUAAUAUGUAAUCCAUCGAUGCUGCUAAUGGCCACGGCCGGGUUCCUAAUGUUUUUAUCCUUGUUGUUGUGAAAGCCUGGAAGUGAAUUCCAUUUAUUCCAAUUGUUGAUUUAUAUAUUAUAUUCCCACUUUUAACCUUGUGAAGAGUACAGUAUUUUGAUACAUGAGGUUCGUCAGCCAUGCUUUUCUUUGUACUUGAAGAAAUGUGGUAGAGAUUGGAAUGCUACUGGUAAUAGUUGGGAGAAUAGUGCUGUGUGAGAAUGGGUUUGCAAUGCUAAUGGGGGUGUGGUAUCUUCUUAGCACACGUACCGAGCUUUGACGUGUGUAUUAGUUGGUGAUGUGAAGUUGUGAACUGCCACUACUACUACUACAUAGAUUCUAUAUCCUGAAAACCUCCUUGCCUAACAUACAACUUCAUCUCUCCCGAUCCUGAAGGAGAAAAUUAGAUUUGUGUGUCGUCUCUACUAUUUGCAUGUCAAAGUUGGAACAACAAAACUAUUAUUUGCCAAUUUCAUUUCAACUUACCCGCUAUUUGUUGGACAUGAUUUGUGCUUAAUACAUACCAUU